UAGCAAUUUCGACUAAAUCCGAGGGUCUCGACUCUGGGGCGCGGCCACCUGCAAUGGCUCCGGUUACUCGGCUAUAUACCCAGCCCCGACCGAACACAUAUCGAUCAUCCUCCCUCGAUCUGCAUCGUGGUGGCCUCCGGUCUAAUCUUUCCACAUAUCCAUCCGCGUCCCUCCGACAAUGGUGCGUCUCUCGCUCGCCCCCAUCGUCUUGGGCGCCGCAGCCGCCUUCGGAUCCCUUGCCUCCGGCGACUGCAUUGGUGUCGACGCCAUCAGCACCAAGUGCGCCUCAAAGGAAGCGGCGCACACACGGGACUUCUUUUACGUCGGCGGGCGGUACAUCGAAGGCGCCUCGGGCAACGUCACGGUCGACCAGCUCUAUGUUGAGAAGCUCGCUCCCGUUGACGCCGACCGUAGCCGGCACCGUCGAGGCGUCGCCGCUACGAAGCCCAUUGUCUUCUUCCACGGCGGUGGCACCACGGGCGUUACGUGGCUCAACACUCCCGACAGUCGCCCCGGGUGGGCGACGUACUUUCUUCAGAAGGGGCACACGGUGUACCUAGUUGACAUCACCGGAAUAGGAAGGUCGACGGAGAACAACAUCGCGGCCUUCACCAUGCUCGCCGGCACGGCGGCCGAGGGCGUGGAGAGGGGCUUCACCAACGUCAAGGCGUACAACGCCUAUCCUCAGGCUGUACUCCACACACAGUGGCCCGGCACUGGGAAGAAGGGCGACCCCGCGUUCGAGCAGUUCCAGAAGGCCAUUAUCCCGCUCUCUACUAGUUGGGUCCCGCAGGAACUCGCCCUGCGAGCCUCGGGCUGCGAACUCCUCUCCCUCCUCGGCGAGAAGACCUACCUCGUCUCCCACUCCAUCGGAGCCCGCGCACCGAUUCUGUUAUCCAACGAUUGCCCGCAGUACAUCGCUGGCAAUAUCAACCUCGAGGCCACGACGGUCCCGUUCUGGUCGUUCGAGUACCGCGCGGCGACGAACCCGUGGGGGCUGACCAAUACGCCGAUCGACUACGACCCGCGUGUCGCCAGUGCGGAAGAGCUCGAGAUUGAACUAGUCGGCAACGACACAUCUGCAUUGCGCAGCUGUUAUCGUCAAAAGGAGCCGGCACGGAAGUUGCCCAACAUCGCCAGCGUGCCGUAUCUGAUGGUCACGGCGGAGGCAAGCAUCCACGCCACAUACGAUCACUGCACGGUGGACUAUCUGAAGCAGAUUGGCGGGGAACCGGAAUGGAUCAAGUUGGGUGAGAGAGGAAUCCAUGGCAACGGUCACUUCAUGCACUUGGAGAAGAACAGCUUAGAGAUUGCCGAGGUUGUCAACCGAUGGAUCCAAAAUAAGGAGAGUUCCUAGGUCUGGCAGAACAAACGGCAGUGUCUACAUAAGAUGAAGUUUUUGUACCCUGAUAUCUUUGGAUGAAAUUCGUGGUACAAUCGAGAUUUGGCCCGGUGGUCGUUUCUCGGUGUCUUUCAAGGGGCAGACUGAUCAACAUGCGAACUCAAUUGUCCGAAAUGGUAACAUUUACUUGACAUUGCCGCUCCCCGGUUUAUAGGACAAGGGUUUAUGUGCGAAAAGAUCUACAGAAUGGCUUCUUGGGUUUCUGAGCUGCUCAGGAAAGCAAUCGAUGAGCACAUUUCCUCC